AUGGGUUCUACAUCAUACUCUGCGUCAAGCCGUGAAAACGGCAAUCUACACUUGAAUUACAUCGACGACCGCAACACUGCAGCUCAGCAGACCGUAUACACUGCCAGCAAUGGAGCUCCAGUGCCCCAUCCUUUCGAAGCCCAGCGUGCGGGAGAUAAUGGCCCGCUACUGCUACAAGACUUCCACCUGAUCGAUCUCCUCUCCCACUUUGACCGCGAAAGAAUCCCCGAGCGAGUCGUCCACGCCAAAGGCGGCGGCGCCCACGGCUACUACCGAACCACCAACCCCCUCGACGACCUCUGCCUCGCAGACAUCUUCUCCGCGGAAGGCAAAGAAUGUCCCAUCACCGUCCGCUUCUCCACCGUCGGCGGCGAAGGCGGUUCCCACGACCACGCCCGCGACCCGCGCGGGUUCUCCAUCAAGUUCCGCACCGAAGAGGGCAACUGGGACCUCGUCCAGAACAACACGCCCGUCUUCUUCAUCCGGGAUCCGGCCAAGUUCCCCCACCUGAUCCAUACCCAGAAGCGGCAUCCCGCGAGCCACCUGGGCAGCGGCGACGACUCCACCAUGUUCUGGGAAUACUUCUGCCAGAACCCCGAGUCCGUCCACCAGGUCAUGUACACCUUUGGCGACCGCGGCAUCCCCGACAGCUGGCGCCACAUGCACGGCUUCAGCGGCCACACCUUCAAGCUCGUCAACAAGCAAGGGUCCUGGGUGUACUGCCAGAUCCACGUCCGCUCGAAGCAGGGCACCGGCUUCCUGACCCAGGAGGAGUCGACGAGGCGCUCUCCGGACGCCAACCAGAAGGACCUCUACCAAGCCAUCGAGCGCGGCGAGUUCCCCCAGUGGGACCUGUGCGUGCAGACCAUGACCCCGAAGGAGGCUGAGGAGCUGUGGGAGACGCAGAAGAUCAAUGUCUUUGAUCUUACGCACUGCUGGCCGCAGGGACAGUUCCCGCUUCGCAAGGUUGGGGAGCUUUGCCUCAAUGAGAAUGUGAAGAAUUACUUUGCGGAGAUUGAGCAGAUUGCCUUUAGUCCAUCUCAUCUUAUUCCAGGAAUCGAACCCUCUGCCGACCCCGUCCUUCAGGGCCGCCUGUUCUCAUACCCCGAUACGCAACGUCACCGUCUCGGAGCAAACUACCAGCAACUCCCCGUCAACGCCCCUCGCACAGGCUAUCACAUGGCCAACUUCCAGCGAGACGGCCCCAUGGCCUUUUACAACCAGGGCUCGAGGCCAAACUACCUCUCCUCCAUCGAGCCCAUAUCCUUCAAAGAGCGCAAGACCAACCUGGACAUAACCCACGGCCACUUCGUCGGCAAGGCGAUUACGUUCUUGUCGGAGAUACGACCGGAGGAUUUCAGUCAGCCGCGCGCUCUCUGGGAGAGGGUGUUUGACGAUGCCGCCAAGGAGAGGUUCAUUGGGAAUGUGGCGGGCCAUAUGAGCACUUGCACUGACAAGGAGAUUAUUCGCCGCCAGAUUGGCAUCUUCCGCGAGGUGUCUGAUGAUUUGGCCACCAGGCUGGAGAAGGCUACGGGCGUCAAGGGAUAUCCGGGUAUUAGUGGGCUUGUCUUCAACGGUUGCCAUAAUGGAAUGGCGAAGGAUGCUGCCCUUCGAGCUGCGAAUGGCCAGAAGAGGCCUCACUUUAACGAGAGUAACGGAGCGCCCUCGGCUGGAACUCACGACUAG